AGGGUUUCUGACGCCUCCUGACAUUCCAGGAUGUCCUGGAAAGCUCCUGAAAUUUCAAAAAACUAAAAAAGUCCUGGAAAUCUCCUAGAAUUUUAAAAUAUAUCAUUAUAUCUCUUAUGUCCUGGAAUUUUGCAGAUCAAAAAGAAAAAAAAAACAUUUUAAAAAAAAGUUAGUUGGCACCUUUAAAUCAGAGGAUGGGCCAGUGUGGGUAGAAAAAAAUUCUAAAGGCGCUGGCUCCUGAUUUUUCCUCAGGGUUAACUCCCAGCCUUUGCCACCUCUUCUGUUAGUGAAAACAGUUCCGCCAGACUAAAUACCUGAGCCACACGUGAAGGCCAGGAGUUGGACUGGUUGUCAGCUUAAGUCGCUUGCUAUUGGAAGCAUUUUAUAGGUUUCAAUCCUGAAAUCAACUUAGCAGCAUAAGAAUCUCGCAACGGGAAAGUACUUAAGAAUGGCUACAAAACGAUCAUCAGCACAAUUGUCCAAAAAUGUUUUGCAGAUGAAGUUUAUGCAACGAAGUGCCCUGAGAAUAGAACAAGAACAAAAUGAAGAAAACUUACAGAAAAUCAUUGAUGAUGAACAUUGGGCUUUAGAUUUGCCAGACUAUAAAACCAAAGAAUCAGUUUUUUUGAAAGAUCAGAGCUAUACUUUUUGUGAGCAGUUACAGUAUGGUAGACAGUCUUUCAAGGGAUGCAACCCUGACAUAGAAAAAAUAAUGAAAGUGAAACUACAGGAGCAACAGUUGAAAGCAUCAGCAGAGAAAGAGAAGCUCAAUAGUGUUAGUGAUGUAGACAUGGCCAAGAGGUACUCAACACUUAUGCACGUGAUAGCAAAGAAAUUUGAAAAGAAAAGAAAGAGGAAAACUGGGGAUGAUGUGGAUGGUGUGGAUGACUCACAAGCUCAAACAAAAAAAUCUUUUAUGAAGCCUUCUGACGAUGAAUAAUUUUAACAUGAACAUCAAAUCAGAAAGUUAAAAAAAAAAGGAUAAUGUUCAUUAUGUCUGUGACAGAGAUAAGAGAUUGUGUGUGUGAGUUUGAAAAGAGGUUAUGAAGACAUGAGUGUUUGAUUUGAGACUUGUUAAUGAACUGCAAUUUUGUUGACCAUUAGAAUGUAAAAGAAAAAAAUAAAACCAGUGUUAUCAA